AGAGUUUGCGUCACAACCACCAGGCCUGACUUGUGUACGAUAGAGAAACACUAGCUUGUGUGCACAUCCGAAAGAAGCUAACGACAUGUCGGAAAAGAAACAAACUGUGGAUUUGGGACUUUUAGAGGAGGACGAUGAGUUUGAAGAAUUUCCAGCAGAAGACUGGACUGGGUUGGAUGAGGAUGAAGAUGCCCAUGUUUGGGAAGAUAAUUGGGAUGAUGACAAUGUUGAGGAUGACUUCUCAAAUCAACUGAGAGCUGAGCUUGAAAAACACGGCUACAAGAUGGAGACGUCGUAGCUUCCGAAGCAACUAUGAAUAUUGUAUUCUGAAUAUGGACUUCCAUGUUUGAAUAUUGUUCAUUCAUGUGUGGUUAGAACUUCAGUAGUUCACUUUUGAUGCUUUCUUUUGUAUUAAAACAACACUGGUAAAAUAAAAUGUUUGAAAACUGAA